AUGCAUUUGAAAUUGGGGUAUACGACAUCUCCUCAUACCCUAGAUUACCAGUAUGACUCAGACUAUCCUCAUAUCACACAACCUUGUUCUAAGCUGGAAGUCAGGAACUUCACAAAAGCAUUUCUGCCAUUUGCGUAUUCAUUGAUUUGUAUCAUCGGCCUAGUUGGUAACAUCUUUGUGGUGAUGACCUUUGCUUUGUAUGAAAGAACUAAGUCCAUGACAGAUGUGUACCUCUUCAACAUGGCCAUAGCAGACAUACUCUUUGUGCUCACUCUCCCACUGUGGGCGGUGAAUUAUGCUGCUGACAAAUGGAUUUUUGGUGAUUUCAUUUGCAAAAUAACCAGAGGUAUCUAUGCAAUCAACUUCAGCUGUGGCAUGCUGCUUUUGGCCUUUAUCAGUGUGGACCGGUACAUUGCUAUUGUACAGGCAACAAAGUCAUUUAAACUCAGGGCAAGAACGCUUGCAUAUAGUAAACUAAUUUGUUUGGCCGUGUGGGUAUCAUCCAUUUUAAUCUCUAGUUCUUCUUUUCUAUACAGUGAGAGUUACAACUUCUCCACCAAUGAAACCAAGGUUUGUGAUCAGAGAUUUGAAAAAAUGUCUGAAAGCACAAUGCUGAAAUCACUGCUUCUGUGUCUACAAGUCGGGUUUGGAUUUUUUAUACCUUUCAUAUUCAUGAUUUUUUGCUAUACGUUCAUUGUAAAAUCCUUGCAACAAGCUCAAAACUCCAAAAGAAACAAAGCCAUCAGUGUGAUUGUAUUAAUUGUAGCUGUUUUCCUAGUUUGCCAGGUACCUUAUAACACUGUUCUUCUUGUGGCAGCCAUAAAUAUGGGCAAGAUGGACAAGUCUUGUGACAAUGAAAAGAUAAUUGCCUAUGCAAGAUACACUACUGAAGCCAUAGCAUUUUUACACUGCUGUGUGAACCCAAUGCUUUAUGCAUUUAUUGGAGUGAAGUUCAGAAGCCAUUUUGUGAAGAUAAUGAAGGACCCGUGGUGCAGGAGAUAUAAGAAAUACAAUAAACGUAGUUCAAGGACAAGCUCUGAUACGUAUCGUUCAAGGCAGACUAGUGAAAUUCUAACCGACAAUGGAUCUUCUUUUACUAUAUAAUACAAUAAUAACAUUAUUACUGAAGGACUCUUCUUACCAAGCAACGCAAAACAGUGUCACUGUGCCUGUGAGAAACAAGCAAUUCAGGCUUCUCUGAGCCUCUAAGGGAGCUUCCACAAUCUACAACUCC